AUGGUCGACCAAACCGCAAUCGCCAUUAUUGGCUAUGGUUAUCGGGCUCCUGGAGUGGGGCGGAAAGGUCUGUGGGAGUAUCUAGCCGACGCUCAGUCAGCGUGGUCGAACGUCCCCGCCCAUCGCUUCGAUCAAGAUGCAUACUAUCAUGCGGAUCCAGAGAAGCCAGGCUGUUACGCAUCGAAAGGAGGGCACUUCCUCCCUCACGACAUCUUCGCAUUCGAUGCAGCGUUUUUCCAGAUUCGGGCGGAAGAAGCUCGAUCGAUGGAUCCUCAGCAUCGCCACAUUCUGGAGUGUGCCUUCGAAGCAGCUGAGCAAGCUGGUGUACGGCUGUCUGAUCUUGCUGGGUCCAACGUAGGAGCGUUCGCCGCGAACGAGAAAUCAGAGUAUUGGCAGCAGACACUCGACGAUCUCCCAACGACUUCAAAAUACACCGCCACAUCCACUGCAGCCUGCAUGUUUGCCAACCGCAUGUCCUACUUCUUCAACCUGAAUGGUCCUAGCGUCUCGAUCGAUGCUGCAUGCGCUAGCGGCUCGUCUGCAGUUCAUCUAGCCUGCCAGAGCAUUCGUUCCGGAGAAUGCAAUACUGCCUUUGUAGGCGCAGCGUCACUGAUCCUCAACCCUACCAUGUGGAGUGCGUUCGACACUAUGGGAGCAUUGUCUGCAGAGGGCAAAUGCUUCUCUUAUGAUCCCAGAGGGUCCGGAUUCGGUCGUGGUGAAGGCGCUGGUUGUCUGCUGAUCAAGCGACUCGACGAUGCUCUUCGUGAUGGAGAUCCUAUCCAGGCCAUAAUACGGAACACAGCGGCCAACCAUGGAGGCCGUACAGACGGUAUCACAGUACCCUCUCGUUCUGCGCAAGAAGCCCUGCUGCGAAGAGUCCACGAGCAGGUCGGCCUAGACCCUGCGGACACUCCUGUCGUCGAGGGACACGGAACUGGCACCAAAGUCGGCGACCCAAUCGAAGCAAACUCGAUUGCCACCGUUGUGGGUCGCAAGAGUACACCAUCGAAUCCAACAUACCUCGGAUCGGUCAAGUCUAACUUCGGGCACACGGAAAGUACUAGCGGUGUACUGGCAGUCAUCAAAGCCGUCAUGAUGCUGCAGACUGGGUUCAUCUUGCCAAACGCAUCGGCUACCACAGGUGGCCUCAACGCCAGAAUUGAGCAACCAGAGAAGCUAAAGAUUAUCAGCGAGUUAACACCGUGGCCGAUGGGCCGUGAGAAACGCAUUGUUGUAUCAAAUUUCGGCUUUGGUGGCAGUAAUGCUGCAGUGCUUCUGGAGAGCAGUGACAAAGUUGGCCCUUCAGUUCACGGAGCCCUGACACCCCCUGAUGAUACUCAUCAUGGACGUCUGUUCGUCUUCUCAGCAAAGACAGAGAGCAGCCUCACAGCAUAUAUCUCAUCAUUCGCGGAGUACUUGUCUGCGCGGCCGACAUUGUCUCUGGUUAAUCUCGCCUAUACUCUCGGUGGACGUAGGACCCACCACGCUCACAGAGCAGCAUUCUCAGCCGAGUCCUUGGAGGACCUACAAAAGCAGCUUAUAUCCUUCUCGCCCACUGGUAAGCCGACCAAGGCAAAGUCCGGUAGCGUUGUCUUUGUCUUCACCGGACAAGGUGCGCAACAUGCUCAGAUGGGCAGAGAAUUGAAGCGCUUCCCUGUCUUUGCGGCUGCCCUCGCUGAAGCUGAUCGCAUCUUGAAGACUCUCGGUGCAGGCUGGUCACUUGUGGAAGAACUGGAAAGGCCUGGCAGUGAGUCACGCAUUAACGAGGCUGAAUACAGUCAACCGGCUUGUACUGCCAUCCAGCUUGCACUCGUAGAGCUUCUCCGGUCAUGGAACAUUCACCCUUCGACGGUGACUGGUCAUAGUUCUGGUGAGAUUGCGGCUGCUUUCACGGCGGGAUUCAUCUCUUUCGAAAGUGCAUUGGCAAUUGCAUACUUCCGCGGCUAUUGGGCACUCAAAGUCAUGAACAAUCCUUCUACUCAAGGCACGAUGCUUGCUCUUGGCGCCAGUGCAGAGCAAGCCAACAUGUUGAUCGACGAGUCGGGCGCCGGCUACGCUACCAUCGCUGCGACCAACAGUCCUGCCAGCGUCACUCUUUCGGGAGACCGAGACAAGAUUGAUCGCAUUGAAGCCGCAGCUCAGCUUCAAGGACUGUUCGUGCGGAAGCUCAAGGUGAGCAUUGCAUACCACUCGCAGCAUAUGGAGCAGGUCGGUGCAUCUUAUCUGGCAUCCAUCCAGGCCCUCUGUAAGCAGCCAUUGGAAACGACUAGCCCUGGUUCGGUGGUCUUUGUGUCCUCGGUCACUGGUCGCAUUGAAGACAAAGACACUGUCGAAGCGCACUACUGGGUGAAGAACCUGCUUCAAGAGGUGCGAUUCUCAUCGGCAUUGACGACCAUCUUUUCGUCGGAGGCCAGCCUCAAGUCCUCCGAUACCAUUGUUGAGAUCGGACCGCACGCUGCACUCAAGGGCCCGAUCAAGCAGACCCUGGACGUCAUCCGCAACGAGCAGCAGGGGCGCGUACAGUAUCAUUCCUCGCUCGUGCGUGGCGAGAAGGCCGAUGAUGCCCUGCUCACCUUGGCUGCCCAUCUCUUUGAUGCCGGGGCAGACGUCAACUUUGCAGCCGUGAAUCUCAUCACGCCCCCUGCCGCUGUCGUGUCCGAUCUGCCCCCUUACGAAUGGAAUCACAGUGUCUCGUACAAGCAUGAAUCGCGCAUUACCAAGAGCAAAGCACAUCCUGGACACUCAUACAGCCCAUUCCUGGGGUGGAAAGUGCCAUACAGCGAGGGCAACGAACACUCGUUCCGUCAGGUCUUUACCCUAGACGAACUGCCAUGGCUGCGGGACCACAACAUCGCCGGGGAUGUGAUCUUCCCAAUGACCGCAUACGUUACCUUGGCCAUCGCUGCUCUGGAGGCUCUCCUCGGCCCCGAUGCUGGCGCGGUAGUCAAUGUCCACGAGUUCUUUGCCAAGCAUAGCCUCAAGAUUGACGAAGAAGAGCGCGUGGACAUCACGACGAAACUUCGUCCACAGCCCAUGAGCACUGAGACAGCAUCAUCCACUCGUUGGACCUUCGAAGUGCUCAGCUGGACUGAGGCGCAAGGCUGGACGAUGCACGCUCAAGGUCAUCUCGAAGCAAACUCUCAAGUGUCACGUAUCGAGACCGCGGCCGUCCAAAGGGCGUGCCAGCUCGUCGACGGCACGCAUCUGGCCGGCGGUGAUUCCAACCUCGAGUACGAGCUGCUCAAAUCCAGCGGCCUUUGCUACGGCCCAACCUUCCGCAACAUGUCUCAACUAUGGCUAACCCCAAGCGGCGCUGUACAUGAGAUUGACUUACAACCUCGUACGCUUACGACAUUGGCAUCGGUUGAAAAAGCUCAAACUCUUUCGCCACUGGUGGACUCCUUUUUUCACGCUAUGGGAGUCAUCCAGGCAAUGGGAGGGCCGCGCUCGACGUUCGUGCUCACGUAUUUCCAGCGACUGCGACUCCUGCGAACGGCAGAAGUCAGUAAUGCGCAGAAGUUGAGAAUUGUCACUCAACGUGUUGGUCAUGACCAGAAGCUGGGAAGCUUCACAGUGAGUGUCGUUGCGUUUGCACUCGUUGAAGACUCCUGGCAGCCACUCUGCGAAUUUGAGCAAUUGACUGGAAGGUCGAUUGCAGGCGCCUCGGAUGAUGUGUCGACCGAUGGUCUCCCCGACAGCUACUACACAGCUCUUGUUCCACAUCUCGACUCGAUGUCUUCCACUGAGCUGGUCAAGCUCAUUGCUGCGCCUGCAGUGACGGACGAAGAGCUCCUGCAUCGACGACACCUGAACGAUGCCGCUGUACACUUUUUGGCACAAGCACUCGAUCAGACUGCCGUCGAUGAUCAGACCAAAUGGCCUAUUCAUUACGUGAAGUUCCGUGCGUGGGCCGAGACAACCAUCACGCAGCGUCUUGCGAGUGGCGCGUCGGUCCAGAUCUCAUCUGAAGCCAUGAAUAAAGUCCGGUCGGUUGACGCUCAAGGUGCUAUGCUCUGUGCCAUUGGUGACAAUUUGGUCUCAAUUCUGCGUGGAGAGAUUGAGCCAUUAGAGAUAAUGCUCAAGGACAAUCUCCUGUCGCGAAACUACGAAGACGACACCGCUGGCAAGCGAGGCGCAGACUCUUUGGCUGCACUCGUGAGCCACAUUUCGAAUCUAAAGCCCGGUCUCCGCAUUCUCGAGAUUGGAGGAGGUACCGCAUCGGCCACGAUUCCCGUGCUCCAAAAGAUGACGCAGGAUGGCGAGCCUCUUUCGAUUGCCAGCUACACCUUCACAGAUCUCUCCACGGGCUUCUUCGAAGCCGCGCGCGGUAAGCUCGAGCAAUGGUCGAGCCACAUGGAGUAUCGUAAGCUAGACAUCAGCGAGGAGCCCACAGCACAGGGCUUCGUGCAUGGCGCCUACGACCUCAUCAUUGCAUCCAAUGUGUUGCACGCCACUCCAGAUAUCGCGCGAACCAUUGACAAUGUCCACAGCCUACUUAGUCCCGGUGGCAAGCUAGUUAUGCUCGAAUGCAGGACUCAUCCUGCGCUGAUUCUGCCCUUUGCACUCCUCCCCGGCUGGUGGCUGACUGAAGACGAUUACCGCACCAGCUUGGGCCCCAUGCUGUCUGAGCAAGCCUGGGACGAUCUUCUCAAGGAGAGACAAUUUUCCGGUGUUGAUGUUGCUUUGGGAGACUAUCCUGAUGCUGCGGAAUACCAGAUGAACGUCAUCUGCACUACGAAGAUUGCAGAAGAAGAUGAUGGCAGCCUCGGGAGUGUCACCGUCUGUGGAGACUUUGCCACCCCGAGCGAUUCCAUCUUUGCUCAUGAGGUUGCGGACCAAAUUUCUCGGCAACUGCACUGUGGCACACUGAUCAAGCCAUACCAAGAGGUCAUUGCGAGCAGCGAUAGAAAUUGCGUCUUUGUGGACUCCAAGGGCAGUGUGUUCAGCAAUCUUUCUGCGGCCGCUUUCGAUCAACUUCGCAACGUCCUUCUGGACACCUCAUCGCUGGUUUGGGUAACUCCUGAUACUGCACAGCCGAAUGCUCAUGUGGCGAAGGGUCUGCUCCGCACUCUUCGGUUGGAAAAUCCCUCCAAGAGCAUGUUCCUGCUCGAGAAUGCGCCACAGACGGAGGUUGGCGCAUCUGCGGUCGUCAAUGUCGUACAGCAUCUAAAGCAGAAUGAAGCAACACGUCUCGCCGAACAAGAGUUUGUCUGGCGAGAUGGUGCUCUACACGUCCCUCGCCUUCGAGCCCUCAAGAGCGCUGAACAGACGUUCGCUAGACAGGCCGGAAAAUCUGCGCGAGCCAAGCAGAACAUCUGGAGCGGCAACGAAGCGUUCGAGAUGACGGUUGAAGCUGUCGGAAGUCCAGACUCCAUUUACUUCCAUCGCACUGAAGCACGAGACAUUGACACUCUCCAGGAGAACGACGUGAUCAUUCAAGUCGCAGCAGCCGGCGUGAAUUUUAGAGACCUGCUCAUGGUACUAGGCUCCAUGCCAUUCAGUCACGGUAUCGGUCUAGAGGGAGCAGGUGUGGUGAGGUAUUGUGGUUCCAAGGUUACUGAUCUACAGCCGGGUGAUCGUGUCUUCUACAUCUCCAACAUGAAUGGUCUUGCCACCCACGUGCGCAUUCCCGCAGUGUGUGCCUACAAAAUCCCUGCCAACUUGAGCUUCGUCGAUGCGGCCACGAUGCCCAUUGCGUACAGCACGGCUCUCAUCUCGCUCGCGCAGAUUGGCCGACUACAACCGGGAGAAUCGGUGUUGAUCCAUGCGGCUUCAGGCGCCGUCGGGCAGGCCAGUAUCGCAAUUGCACAGCGGUUACAGGCUGAUAUCUUCGUCACCGCCGGCACACCCGAGAAGCGAAAGUUCCUCGAAGACACCUUCGGCAUACCCCAGGAGAGAAUUUUCUCGAGCAGAAAUGCGACCUUCCGUGAUGCGAUACUGAAGGCCACCAACGGAGCUGGUGUGGAUGUAAUCCUCAACUCACUCAGUGGCGAUCUCCUCCAGGCCACCUGGGACUUGAUCAAAGACUUUGGCAGGUUCGUGGAAAUCGGCAAGAAAGACUUGCUCCAAAACUCCUAUCUCGGCAUGCGCCACUUUGACCGCAAUGUGACGUUCAGCGGUGUCGACUUGCACAAGAUCUUCAAGAAACGGCCUGCUGAGGCAAAAGAGCACCUUGCCAAUAUCAUGGAACUGUUCAGCAGCGGAGCCAUCACUCCCAUCCGACCAGUGACCGAGGUGCCAUGUUCAGAGAUCGCCUCCGGUCUGCGUCGGCUGCAGACAGGCAACAACAUCGGGAAGAUUGUGAUUACCAUGAACGCCGACGAUGAGGUGCUGGCCGAUCUCCCACAUCCUCUCGGAAGACCAGGAAAGCACGUGUUGCGGCCAGAUGCGACAUACCUCAUCACGGGCGGUACAGGCGGUAUUGGCAGAGCGACGGCAUCAUGGAUGUUUGACAACGGUGCCAGGAAUGUCGUCUUGCUGGGCCGAAGUGGCUCCUCCAACCCCGAGGUUGCGGCGCUGUUGAAGCAAUAUCAAGACACCGAGUAUCAUCUCAGAGCUGUUGCGUGUGAUGUCGGUAACCGCGAGGACCUCGCAAGGGCUUUGCAAUCAGUACACGAUCUGCCUCGGAUCGCAGGUGUCAUUCAUGGCGCGCUGUACCUAAGAGACUCAUUAUUCCUCAAUGCCCAAUUCGACGACUGGCAAAAGGUCACUGCGCCGAAAAUCGAUGCCGCUUGGAGUCUGCAUGAACUUCUGCCUGAACUCGACUUUUUCGUCUCUCUGGCCUCUGUCACCGGUGUGACUGGACAUGCUGGACAAUCCAUCUAUGGAGGAACGACCACGUUCCUCGACGCUUUCACCGCCUACCGCCGCAGCCUCGGACUUCCCGCCGUCUCGAUCAGCUUGCCAGUCAUCGAAGACGUGGGUUAUGUGGCCGACCGUGGUCUGAGCGUGCCGCUCCAGCGCUCCCUCGGUGUAUCUCUCGCAGUUUCCCAGGUGCACACCUUGAUCAAGGGCGCCAUCAUCGGCUCUUCGUCCGGCUUCUUCCACGAAGGCAAGACCAUGUCCUGUGUACGCGGCUACGAGUCCACGCUCCCUUGGGAUCGCUUCACCAUGCUCUCUGCGCUGCGUCCGAAAAGUCUGCUCCUCAGCGAGAGCCGCGACAAAUCCGAGACGUCUGCCGCGACGAGCAAAGCCAUGAUGGACACUGAAGAGGGCUUACUGGACGCCUUGAUGGCCAAGAUCUGUUCCAUGACGAUGAUGGAAGCGAAUGAAGUCUUUCCGGAAAGGAACCUCAGAGACUAUGGCUUGGACUCGUUGGUCUCGGUGGAGUUGCGCAAUUGGAUCAAGAGGGAGGCCGGUGUGGAAAUGGCCAUGACGCAGAUUCUCACGGCUGCUAACCUGCAGAGUCUCGUGAGGCAUAUCCUUUCCAUGAAGCAUGGUGAGGCCAAGACUACCUCUGGGUAGACUCGCGCCGACCUCCUGUGAUUCAUCUGAGAGGCUUGAUUGUUCGCGUCUUGCUUGCUUUCCC